GAGAGUGGAUGUGGCCUCAGUGCCAUGGUCUGUGAAGCACAGCAGGGUUGGAUCCAGGGCUGGACUUGAUCUCAGAGGUCUUUUCCAACCCAGCUGAUUCUGUGAUUCUCUGAUUGCCAUUCCUGUGGCAGCACAUGCUUGAGGCUCCAUCCCCAGGGUGAGAGAGAUGUCUGUCCAUAUCUAUCUGCAAGGUUAGUCUGUAAAUGUGUGGUGUUAGCAAAGCAGGCUGAGUUGUGGGCUGGUUGUAGAAGGAGAAAGAAGCCCCCAGCCCAGUGCAAGCAGGCAGCCCUCAGCUUGCACCUGAUGUCCCCUCCCUGCAGGUUCCUGUCCUUGAGCCCAGGCCCUGAGGUGAGGCUGAGAAUAAGUGCAAGGCAGAGGUGCUGCUGAGGAAGGAGAGCCCCGUGGUGGGGAAGGCACAAAGCUGUGUUUGCCCAUCCCCGAGCAGGUGCUGUGUCCAUCCCCUGUGUGCCAGGAUUUGUCCUUCCCAAAGCUUGGGCGGAUGGAGGAGGAGGCUGCGAGGAAGAGGAAGAUGCCUUGGGCCCCCCAGGCAGGCCCCGAGCUGAGGACGGAGAGCCCGGAGGACAAAUCCCCCCGGCAGAGCCUGGUGGGAGAGGCCGUUUUGAAGGGCUCCCCAGCCCAGGAAGGCAGCAGGGAGGAAAAGGGCCGGAGAUCCCCCCGCAGGAGGGGCUCCAAAGCCAGCCCAGGGGGCUCUGAGGAGGAAAGAGCCAGCCUGUGCCGGGAAGGCGGCCAGAGCUUGAGGGGAAGCUCUGAGCUGGUGGUCCCUGAUCAGCCUCCCAGCGGGGAGAAGCCCUUCAGGUGCUUGGAAUGUGGGAAGAGCUUCAGGAAGAGCUCCUACCUCCUCACCCACCAGCACAUCCACACUGGGGAACGGCCCUACACAUGUAGGGAAUGUGGGAAGAGCUUCAGGAACAGCUCCAACCUGAUCCAACACCAGCACAUUCACACUGGGGAACGUGACUACAAGUGCUUGGAAUGUGGGAAGAGGUUUAAGACCAGCUCCAAUCUCCUCCUGCAUGAGCGAACGCACACGGAUGAGAGGCCCUUCCGCUGCACCGACUGUGGGAAGGGCUUUAAGCGGAACUGCAUCCUCAUCAUCCACCAGCGGACACACACGGAUGAGAGGCCCUUCCGCUGCACCGACUGCGGGAAGGGCUUUAACCGGAACUGCACCCUCGUCAGGCACCGGCGCAUCCACACCGGCGAGAGGCCCUACAAGUGUGGGGAGUGUGGGAAGAGCUUCACCCAGAGCGGUAACUUGACCAAACACCGACGGACCCACCAGUAA